ACAUAUUUCUUCCUUCAGGCUUAUAAAUUCAAUUCUCACUAUGGUGAUCAUUGUUGGUGGCUCUGACAGUGCUUGAGUGCUUCCUAUCUUGUGUUCACACAUGUGAUUGAUGUUGAAUUUGUGCCUUGACUUUGAAAGAAGCAGAUUGGAAGACAUGAUUUAUUCUAUAAUGAGUCUAUUACUAGUCUCGUGUUUACAACAGAAUCAUGAUAAAUCCAAGUGAUCAGUUUCACCAUAGUCAUACCAGUAGACAAUGUCAACUGGCACCACUGUGAGCAUCCAUCAACUGUCUCCUAGGCUUGAAAAUCAAUGGUCCUACAUCCAGGGUUACAUGCAAGCAUGGCUCGAAUCCAUGGGGAAUCACUGGAAUAUGCUUCAAUUGCAUAUGAAUCAGAUGAUUAUUUCCACCCGGUUCCAUGCCUCUGCUGUUCUGGCUGCUUUCAAGGAAAAUGCUGUUCACUUGCAAGGAAGUCUUCAGCAUAUUCAACCAGAAGAAUUGUACAAGAGACUUAUUUAUUUGACCACCACAGAAGUGACAAAGGCGAAUCUCUGCAUUGGAUUUGGUGGCUUCUCCUUUGGCUUGUUGCUUGGUGUAGUUAUUGGUCGGAGCUACAAGAACACUUUGAAGCCAAAGGCUGCGGUUCAAGCAGUUGGGAUUUCUUCAUUCAGUGGAGUUGAUGGAGUUAGCAUCUGUGAAAUAGAAAUGCCUGACAUCCCCAAAGGAGAUGAGGUGCUCAUUCAAGUCAGGGCUGCAUCCAUUGAUCCAGUAGACCUCAUGAUCUCAUCUGGGUAUGGAAGGAACUGGAUCAGGAAAUCCUUCCCUAUCAUUCUGGGAAGAGAGUGUUCAGGGAUAGUUGUGGAUGUUGGCAAGUCAGUGACAGCCUUGGAGGUGGGAGAUGAGGUCUGGGCAUAUGCCCCUAUUUGGAGAGUGGGUCUUCUGGCUGAGUAUGUAGUCCUUCCUGAGGCCUAUGUGGCCAAAAAACCAGAGUUGUGGAGUCACAUGGAAGCUGCUUGCUUUCCAUACUCAGUCAUCUCUGUCUGGGAUACUCUAGUGUCUCAGGCCAAUCUGCAGAUAGAUGGAUGUCAAGGUGCCAAGAUCUUGGUUCACCCUGGUGACACUGUUUGGGGGCUCCUUGCUAUCCAAUUAAUCAAACUCUGGGGUGGAAAUGUGACUGCUACAUGUGCUUCACCUCAUGUGCAAGUAUUGAAGCUUCUCCUGGUAGAUGAAAUUAUCUCACCUACUGAUAAUGUUCUUCAUUUAAGAACAAGCCGGCAUUUUAACGUAAUACUAUUGACUGAGGACUUGCCAAAUGCAUGGAGGAACAAAGUUGGUGAUCUUGGAUCUCGAUUGAUUGCUCUGCACCCUCCUCACUCACCUCAACCUCCAUCACCUCUUUUCCCUUGGUCCAGGCAACCCUCUUUGUCUAAGAUGCAGCUGGAGAAGAACAAGCGGAUAUUGGAAAAAGUUGCCAACAUUGUUGAUGAAGGUCACCUCAGGCCCCUUCUUCAUCAAUCAUUUUCCCUCAUGGAUGCAGAGCUGGCAUUUCAGCAGUCCUUAGCAAGGCCACAGAUUGGGAAGAUUGCAAUACAAUUUACCCAUAGACCUCUUUCACCUUUCUUCACCGGAGCAUGGAGGUAGUGAAAAUAAUUGUGGCAGGCCACAACCGUAGGGUGCAGUAUUUUUUAAUGUUUCAAGGGUACCUUAUUUAUAUCUGCUUAUGUCAGUG